UCGCAGCAGGUUAGGAUAAUUCGAUUCCUAACCUGAUAUAAAAAGUAACAUACGGUCGUAACUAUAUCGAAGUUCCGUGUCCUUAUCUUAUAUACUCUGCCUUUUUCCUGCAACAACUCAACUUCUCUGUUGUGCUCCUCUCAUUGAAAGUUCAAAAAUGAUCCGGUUAAUGGUAUUCAAAAGAACAGUUUACGAAAAACAACUUUUCCUGUUCCUGUUCCUGUUUCGGGGUUGAUUUUGUUUCACUGGUAGGCUACAAUGAACAUUAAGACAAGUCCUCUUCUCAAUAACGUUACAUGAAAGAUAUGAAAGCGUGUUCAACGUGAUUUCCCGUUGUGUCAUUGAGAAAGACCACUCGUAUGAUCAUCCCUAUGCUGCUGAGAUGGAGGAGGCGUACACAGAGCUGUACAGGGAGUUCCUCCGACUGCGCUCACUAUGUCUGAAGCAGGCUGCUCUACUCCAGCAACUCACAGAGACACUGAGGAGACAGCGAGGAGAAGCCCCUGUUCCUGAUGGACAACCCAGCGUAAUGGCAUCAAUCCCAGUCCAGUGCACCCAGGAUGGCCUGGGGUCUCUCCUUGCACGGCCAGAACCCCCAAUGGUACCAACACACAACCCUGCUGCACACCGUGGCGGUAUAGUCCUAUCUGGGGCCUUUGGCUCACUCUCUGAUCUCCUGGAGGGGGAUUUGGGCAGACUACGGCUGGACUUUGCUCAUCCAGGGGCAGAAAGGAAUGAGGUCCUCAAAGCCGCCCCCCUCAGGCCUCUGGAUCUACCUGGGGGUAAUAAUGGAGAGGUGGCACCCUCCAGUGUCUCUGGGGACUCGAAGCAAGCAGGUCGAUUUUGGGGUGAUGAUACGACCCGACAAAUGUUCCGGAUGCCCUCGGCGUGUGGCUCCUUCUUGGACAGUGAGUUCCUGAGCCAGACCGGGGGAAUGAUGCUGAUGUCAGAGGUGGCAAUGCAGUCUCAGGUGUGUGACUUCUGCAAUGCUGUGUUCCCUGGCUACACCACCACCAGGGGGGACUUCCUGCGCCAUCUCCACACACACAUCAGCUAAAACUCUGGUUCCACGUUGAUUCAACAUCAUCGCAUAGAUUUUUUGUGGUUGAAAUGACAUGGAAACAAUGUUGAUUCAACAAGUCUUUUCCCAGAGGGUUAUUUUGUUGCCACAGUGAUCAGUAAUUUGCGCCAUGGGUCCUGGUCAAAAGUAGUACACUAUAUCAUAGGGUGCUAUUUGGGAUGCUGCCUUUGUCUUUCACAAUCAACGCAGCGAUGCAAAAGCACACAGCAGAACUCCUCAACGAGCCACCAGAUUGGCAGCUAUAUCUCCCUAUAUUUAGUCUGCUAUCUCAUCAUGGUGGUGGGGGGGUGGGGGGUGCGCAGACUCACAUGGAGUGAAAAGAGGGUGACAUCACAGAUACAGGUGAGUCAUGCAAGCAUCGUUUGUACAGGAUUAGCACUCAGCACAGAACUGGAAGGAACAAACAACUUGACGGCGGUGAUGAUGGUGGUGGUGAUAUUGGGGGGUGAGUGGGAAUGUCUGUUUGGACUUAGUGCUUUUCUAUUAGUUCCCUAAUUGCUGGCAGCAUUCGAAUGACGAAGGCUUAUUCAGCCUUAUCGUACAUUUGACUCUUAUGCUCCGUCAAAAUGGAUAUCCUCAAAAGGAGUGCAACAAAUGGGGCCACAAGAUUUUUCAAACAAUAAAAUAACAUUUAUUGAGAUUUAACAAAAUAAAUAAUUUUCUGUUCAACAUAACAAACUGAGGUUGUUUAAUGCUUGUGAGGCAGGAGGUUACAGUUUAGGUACCUCAUGGUAAUAAUGUGUGCAUCCCAAAUUGCAUUCUAUUUCCUCUAUAGAGCACCACCUUUAACCAGAGCCAUAUGGGCCCUGGUCAAAAGUAGUUCAUUAUAUAGGAUAUUGAAGGCCUUUUGGGAUGCAGAAAAUGAAAUGUCCUUGAUUCACCCUGAUUUCUUAAUCAUCCAAACACCUUUCUUUUCAACAUUCAUACCCAGUAACAUCUGAUGAUGUUUUCUUAAAAAAAAAAAAAAUUAAAUUAUCCAAAACUCCGUUGUCAAAGAAUUUAGUGUUUUAAUAUGACAUACAUACUGUAUAAAAAAAAUAAAACAUUGGGAGAUGAUCAUUUGUCAUUGUUACCUAAGUAAUUGCCUCAAGUAACAGUUAUGCAAAUGAUUGUUGCUUGUAAAUUAUUGUUGCUUGUUUAAGCCUUAAGUUAAAUCAAAGAAUGUUGAGUUCACCAAUAAAUCUAAUCUAAGGGCUCAAUAAUAUUUACAUAUUAACAUCCAAACCCACCUCUCCAAAUGAACAUAGUCUCAGUGGGUGUAAGUGACACUUGCUGCAGUAUUGGGAGGAAAAGGCCUCUGAACCUGAUUAUCGUCUCUGUACACAUAUUUCUGUUUAUCAUCUAACUAUCAAACGGUCAACACUCGAACGAGUGACACUUUGCAAACCAAGCUUUAACGGCAUUGUCAUUACAGAUACUUAUCCUCAUCACAAGUCCUUUCUCAGUUACAACCUUCUGAUAGAAGGAACAAAAAUAGCACCAAAAGUUAGUCAUGAUAUCAACAUUUUGCAUCCAUUGUCCCGGUGGGGGAGGAGGGGAUUAUUGGGAUUAUGUUCAUAGGGGACAAACCUCCCACAGUUGUGUAAGUGUUACUGUAGUCCUGUGGAGAUGUGGCUAAUGCCCUCGGAGGGUUUGGGCACACUAUAUACAGAGGUAAAGUUGUAGAGCACCUGUCUCUCAAUUUCAGUACUGGAGGGCUGUAGUAUUUGCAGGUUUAGGAUGUGUUGCCUCUGCCUGAACCACCCGAUUCAGCCAAUCAUGGGUUCUGUCCCAAAUAGCACCCUAUUCCCGAAAUCAUGCACAGCUUUUGACCAGGGUUCUGAUCAAAAGUAGGGCAUUAUGUAGGGUGCCAUUUAGGAUGCACAUUUGAUUUAGAUUGGAAUUAUUUAUUCCACGUCCCCUCCCCUUCCCUGUACUACUACUGUUAGUGGUUUAAGUACAGAUGGAAAGCCUGCUGAGUUUGGCCCUCCAGGAUUGAAGGUGAUGAGAGGCAGGGUUGUUGAUGGGUUCUCAGGAUGAUGAGUGGUUGGUUUCACUACUUUCCCCCUUGGUCCGAGUCAUCUUUGGUGCUGCCAGGGCUGCUGCUCCUGCACACUGCUACUGAGCUCCUCCUCUCCGCCUUAGCCUCAAAGUCUUGAAUGGGAAAGAUGAGGGCUGUUAGCCUAUAUGCCCGACUGAGACAAUAUGAUGACAAUACAUUAUUACUCCCCCUGAACCUUUGAGUGCUUGCUAUGGUCAACUGUACACCAAUUAAUGCAUACUAGAUUGGUUAGGGUCAUAACUUUUACGAGUACUUCACUUACUCAAAGUAAUAAAACUGGAAAUACAACAACACCAUUCAACUAUGGUAGCAAACUUUAAUAUUUGAAAUGGAAUAUUAAAUGUCAAGGGUUUUGUCUGACAGAAUGAGCCCACCUACAGGCUAAUAGGAUAACACUGUAGAGGGAGUAGGUGCAGUUAAAGUAUAGUCAGAGGAGACGGGUCGUGUUGCGUGAGUGAAACAGAAAAGGAGAAGGAAACCAAGGUGAGUGAUAAGAACAAAGGACGACGGAGGGGAAGUGAGAGGGAGACCGACGUCAUAGAGAGAUGAAAUGGUUGUUUUUCCCCCUCUACUUACUUCUUAAGUAGAGGGAGAGGGAGAAAAAUAAGCCUGUGCCAUUUCCCUGCCCACAGGUUUUUAUUUUUGUUCUCUGUCGCUCGGUGAGUCAAUGCAACGCCCCUCCAAUUACAGCCCACUCCUUCGCCCCCUCUCUCCAUCCAUCCCGCCCUUCAGCCCACAUGCCUAACACACUGUGACGUCAGCCGGUGGCGGAGCGAGGGAGGGGGUCUGUUUCUACCGCCCCACAGCACUUCCUCUGCCCCUCCCGCUAUCAUUCUCUCUUUCUCCCACUCGAUCUCCCUGUAUCUUCUCCACCCUGCCUACUGUGACAGCCUAGUGCUACGGCACAGUAGUUUUAUUCACAUCUGAAUGGCUGUACCUUUAACAUUUUAAUGAUGCGUUAUAAGAUGUGACAGGGUAAAGGGUUAAGUACAAUCAUUUGAAGUGUCAUAAUCAGUUAUUUACAUACGCUACUAGACCUCAUGGCAAUUUGACUGUAUUGACAUCCAUGUCAAUUUUCAGUAUGGUUUGUAGCUGAUAGGCUACCUCCUCCCCUCUCUAUCCCCCAACUAAUUUUCCUUCUUUCUUCUCCAGUCCCAGCUAGUUAGAACUCAGACCUGGCUAGUGGGAGGAAUCACAAUAGAGAUUCUGACUCACUUGGGUUCAAACCGAAGAUCCUUGAAACAGUCUUUAAAUGACGGUAGCAAAACUCUCCGGCCUUUUAGCCCUACCUCAGUUUCUACUUGUUAUCAAUGUAAACGAUACUGGCAACAGGGACAGUAUGUUAAAGUGAUAGUUCACUUCAAAAUUUAAGUUUGUUAAAAAGAUUCAGGCCUCGAAAGUGGUUUAAUAUCAGGAUGAGUCAAUGUGCCAGUCAAUGUCCCACGCCAUCUGUUGCGUAGCUCUAGUGAGAUUUGGCUGUAUGUCUCAAUCUCAAAUUAAUGGGAAAGAUAGGCACCGUUUAAAAACAAUGAAAUGAGACAGUGCAUAUUUCCUAUUCAUUUGAGAUUGAGACGUAGCCGAAUCUACACAACAAAUGUUGUGAGACAGAGUCAUCUCAACAUCACAAAAACCUUUUAGGCCUGAAAAAUUCAGACUAUCACUUUAAGAGUGUUAGUAUGAUAACUCUUGCAUGAUAAUGUUUGUAAGCCAUUAUUCAGAAAGUCACCUGUGGUAUGUGUCCCCUCUGACCUAAGGCUGACCUUGCCAGCACGGUCAUGUGACACCAUCCUAGCCAAUCGCAGCCCCUCAUCCAUGAGCGUUUGUUGCAUGAGAUGGCGAUUCCAGUUGGCAGGUAUGGAGGUGUCGGUGGGGGGGCGGGGUGAUGGAGAUUGGUUGCACUGUGAGCCUACGUCUAAGACAGACAAGGUUAGGUGUGAAUGCCAUUUUGAACCAAUCACAUAUAGCUGCUUCUUGACAAGGCUGAGAUUGCAUCCCAAAUGGUACCCUAUUCCCCAUAGACGGUUUGGUUGAUUAGCAACAAAACCGACACGUGCGCAAC